AUGGGCGUUAACGAAAUACCGAAGCUAGCAACGGAUAUCUCACAGCGACGACAACUUCAUAUAUUCACCGAUGCUUCAAGUGUUACUCGCUCCAAUCAAAGGCAUGAAUAUACCACGACUAGAAUUACUUGCAAUGCUUACUGGGUAGGAGUUGCCAAUUGUUAUACAAUAAUUGAAAUUGCAAAAAUUAUCAGUUGUGCUGUGGUAGAAUUUAAAGUGCGCAUUGCACUAGAUACAAAAUCGAUCGGAGUUGCUAUUUACACUUUUCAUUCCGAUACAUCCCAUGUAAUUAUGACCCGUACCUUCGUUUGUCCAACCGAAAUUACUGCCUUUAGCGAUCGAUGUGCGGAGUUUCAGAAAUUAAACACAGAACUGAUUGCAUGUUCGUGCGAUUCACAUUUCUCACAUCUAGCAUGGAUUCAAACCCCACGUAGUGAAGGUGGUCUCGGUGACAUGAAGAUUCCAGUGCUUGCAGACUUUAAUAAAGAUAUAGCGAAUGCAUUCGGUGUCCUUGAUCAUGAAACAGGUAUCUCAUAUAGAGGUUUGUUCUUAAUCGAUCCAAGUGGUGAAAUCCGUCAUUCUCUCGUGAAUGAUCUUUCGGUUGGUCGUAGUGUGGAUGAAGCAUUUCGUACGCUAAAAGCCUUUCAGUUUGUGGAGAAACAUGGUGAAGUAUGUCCGGCAAACUGGUCCGAUGAUAAGCCAACAAUUAAGCCCGGCAUCAAGGAGUCCAAGGAGUAUUUCAAAAAGGUCGAUGGUCAUACAUAA